UAACCUCGAUGCUCAAUACUUCAUGUUUUACCAAUACUAUCCAAAUUCAAUAAUCGUAGGUUGUAAGCACUUAACCUUAAUCUCGAUUCUUUGUAAUUACGUCACAUUGUUUUUUAAAUUGACUUGUUUCUUAAUGAUGGAAUAACUACAUUUACAAGAAUUUAUCAUUCUUUAAAUAAUGUAAAAUAAGAUCUCUAUUUGUGAAAAUUCAAUGUAAAAGCUUUUUAACAACUAACUUUCUUGUAUUAAAAAAUAUGGUGACAGCACUAAAGGAUUUGGCGAGUUUGGCGCGAUCUCUACAAUUAAUAUGUGACUCAUCAAUAAAACUACAGAGGGAUGCCUUUCUCAGUAUAUUUAAAAAUUCCUCAUUUAGUAAUGUGGUUGAACAAAAUAAAAAAGAUUGCAAUAUGAAAGACAUUAUGUUCCAUCCAGAUGUUUUAAAUAAUUAUAUUCAAGAUGCUACCAGUCGUUUACUUGUAGCUGCGCAGGGACUUAGUGUUUAUUCCAAUUUAUUACUAGCUAAAGCAAACUUGGGGACUAAAAGCAAAUCAUCUAAUUUUUUGGAAAAUUCUGUUAGUUUUAAGUCACCUCACGAGAUUGUAAGGGAAAUUAAUCCACUGGCAGUUAUUACUCUUGCACCAGGAGAUAAAGAACUUUUAAAAAAAUUGGACAGAGAACACAAAUUAAAACAAUUAUCAGGAAUGGAUGAACAACAUAGUAAGCAACCUACGAAACUUGAAAAUGAGAACAUUUUAUCAGAAGCCACAACAUCCGAACAUUCAAAAUGUAAACAGAAAUUAAGUGAAAAUUCGAAAGCAAGGAAAGUACCUUCAUCAAGAAUUGGAAGAAUGGUGUCAUUUGGAACACUGGCUGCUGGUCUAGGUUUUGGAACAGCAACAGAAUAUGCCAAGAGGACCUUUGGAAUUGGGGACGCUAAUGUCAGUGAUGGAAGCCUGUUUCUCAGUAAAGGAAAUUUGGAAAGGAUUGUGGAUACUCUUUGUAAAGUUAGAGGAGCUGCCCUGAAAUUAGGUCAACUGCUAAGUAUCCAGGAUGAGUCUGUCGUAAGUCCUGAAUUGGCGAAAGCAUUUGAAAGAGUAAGAAAGUCGGCUGAUUUUAUGCCAGUUUGGCAAGUUGAACAAGUUAUGUCUGGCGAAUUAGGUACUGAUUGGAAAGAAAAUUUCUUAGAGUUUGAACAAAAGCCAUUUGCUGCUGCUUCUAUCGGUCAGGUGCAUUAUGGUAAACUAAAAAAUGGUGCAGAAGUAGCCGUUAAAAUACAAUAUCCAGGAGUAGCAAAGGGCAUUGAAAGUGAUAUUGAUAACUUAGGUGGAAUCAUGAAAAUGUGGAAUAUUUUUCCCCGCGGAAUGUUCUUGGAAAAUCUGAUGACCGUCGCAAAGAGGGAGCUAGCCUGGGAGGUAGAUUAUAGAAGAGAGGCGGAAUGCACUAGAAAAUUUAAAGCUAUCCUUUCAGAUUAUAAGGAUUAUUAUGUUCCAAAUGUCAUUGAUAACCUAUCGACCAAGGAAGUAUUUACGACCGAGUUGUUGGACGGAGUGCCUGUGGACCAGUGUUUUGCGUUAGAUUACAGCCAUCGUGAAUUUAUAGGUGAAAAGGUAUUGGAGUUAUGCCUUUUAGAAAUUUUGCAGUUUAAAUACAUGCAAACCGACCCAAAUUGGGCCAAUUUUCUUUACAAUCCAUCCAAACGACAGUUAUUAUUGCUCGAUUUUGGUGCAAGUAGGGAGUACUCACCACAUUUUAUGGAUAAGUAUGUAAUUAUUCUCAAAGCGUCAUGCGAAGGCGACAGAAGUACAGUUCUAAAUGUAUCGAGGGAAUUGGGCUUCCUGACAGGCUACGAGAGUAAGGUCAUGGAGGAUGCUCAUGUCGAUGCUGUAAUGAUACUGGGAGAAGUAUUCAGAACGCCGGGAAAAUACAAUUUUGCCCAUCAGGAUAUGACCCACAGGAUUCAAGAUUUGGCACAAGUAAUGUUGGUUCACAGGUUAUGUCCACCUCCCGAAGAAGUCUACUCGCUGCACAGAAAACUUUCCGGAGUAUUUUUACUCCUAUCGAAACUUAAAGUGUCUGUUGAAUGUAGGGACAAAUUUUUAGCUUUGUAUGACCAGUAUCAGAAAUCCAAAUGAAUUGUAAUGCUUAAAUGAAAGAACUUGCUAAUAUGAAAUGGUAAGGGACUAAAAGAAAACUAAUAAGUACCUAAUCAUUUUACAUGAGGCUAAUGCUGAAGUUGUGCUUUUAUUACGCAGAGAAAACUAAUUGUUUAAUAUUUAUUUUUAAUUAAUAAAAUAUUGAC